AUGGCAUCAUCAUAUGAAAAUCCAGCUCGUUCCACACAGUAUCAAACAACAAAAGAAUUUAACAAUCUUCAAGCAGAUGUCAAUCAAGUGGUAGAAAUUAUGAAAAAUAAUAUGGAGCAAGUUCUUGACCGUGAUGCUGACUUAGGUGGACUAGUCGUUCGUGUUGAUAGACUAAAAGAUGAUGCAUUUAUAUUUAGACAAGAGACAAGUAACUUAAAGAAAAAAUAUUGGUGGAAAAAUGUCAAAAUGUGGGCUAUUAUUUCUAUUAUUGUGAUUAUUGUUUUAUUCAUUGUGAUUGUUGUUGCGGUUACUCAAUCAAAUAAAAAUAAUAAUAAUGGGUAA